UGGCAUGGCCGGCGAUGGGUCUCAAAGCAUCAGAGAAACUGAAUACAGAGAGACAGAGACAGAGAGAGAGGUAGAGAUUAAUUAAUUGGGGGGGAGAAUGGUGAAGGAGGAGACAAAAAUGGGUGGUUCUUAUAACUGUGUUAUUCCGGUGAUCGACAUGGGGGAUUUUCCGGCGGAGACAGAGAAGCUAAUGGCGGCGUGCAAGGAGUGGGGCUGCUUCAGGGUGGUGAACCACGGCGUUCCCCUGGAUUUGAUGAUGGAGAUGAAAGCGGUUUCCAGGUGUCUGCUUGACCUGCCAAUGGAGACGAAGCUCAGAAACUGGGACCCGGUGGAUGGCAAGGGCUACACCCCACCCAACAAGGCCAGCCCCGUCUUCGAGAGCUUGGCUUGCCAUGACAUGGCUCAUCCUGAUUCUCUCCUUAACUUCUUUCGUCAGCUCGGCGUCUCUCAUCCUCAUCACAGAGAUGUCAUAACAAAAUAUUCCAAGGCCAUAUACGAACUGGGGUUGGAGAUGGGCAGAAGGUUACUCCAAGGGCUAGGGUUAUAUGGAGAUCUAUUCGAUGAUGGAUGGGCAUGUCAAGUCAGAAUGAACAAAUAUAGUUACACCCCUGAAUAUGUCGGGUCGACUGGUGCUAUACUGCACACAGACCCCGGAUUCCUUACCAUAUUGCAAGAUGAUGACAAAAUUGGGGGCCUUGAAGCUGUCCACAAGGAGACUGGCCAAUUUGUUCCGGUCGAUCCACUCCCGGGCUCCUUUGUUGUCAACCUCGGCGACUUCGCUACGAUAUGGAGUAACGGAAUGCUCCAUGGAGUGAAGCACCGAGUGCAAUGUUACGAAGGAUCAGUACGAUUGUCGAUUGCUUUGUUUGUUUUAGGGCCCAAAGACAAAGCACUUGGAACGGCCGAUGAAUUUGUGGACGACAAACAUCCACAACUAUUCAAGCCUAUAGAAUUUGAAGAGUAUCGAAUGCUAAGAAUUACCACAAAAUCGCCUACGGGGGCUAUCGAGCGAGUGCGCAUCAAAGCAUGAAACCAAUAUGUUUUUUGUUUACAUGCAUGCAUGAUAGAAAUAAAAAAAAAAAGAAUAAAGAAUUCGCUUUUAUGGA